UCGGAGGACUCGCCCUUGAUUUUUUUCUUUGUAGUCGACGCUCUUUCCGCCUUGGAGGAUUUCUCUCUAUGGUGAUCCCCGGCUGGACCCGGAGAUGCAGCUGACGGUGAAGGCGUUAAAGGGGAAAGAGACCAGUAUCCAGGUCUCUGAGAGCGAUACAGUUCUUGCGGUGAAAAGGCUGGUGGAAGAGAAACUGCAGGUGCCAGCGGCACAACAGAGAUUGCUGUACAGGGGCAAAGCCCUAUCAGAUGAGCAUAGUCUCUCCUAUUAUUCCAUUGGACCUGGUUCCAGGCUGAACCUCAUGGUGAAGGAACGGGUGAAUCAGGAGGUCGGCGGCAACGCUGUGUGGAAAGCUCUGGCCGUCAUCCUGGAGAAGCACUUUACCCCGUCCGAUGCUGAGCGGGUUCUGGAGUAUGUUCAGAAGGACUAUGAGCGCAGUUUAUCCCUGCUCAGUCUAGAUGACAUUGAAAGGCUGGCUACACGCAUCCUUCACCCACAGCUACCAGAAACCAUAGAGCUUGGAUUUCUAGACUGAAACGAUUUGGUUCUUCUCUUCAUCCUGCACUUGUUUCCGUUCAAUGUACAGAGCCACUGAUUGACACUCAUAGUAAUAAAAUACAAAAGAGACAAUGA